AUGGUUGGAGGAGGAGUUAUCCAGCAGCUUCUAAGGAGGAAACUUCACUCCCAAUCAGUGGCAACUCCGGUGUUGUCAUGGUUGUCUUCGAAGAAAGCUAAUGACGAGGCUGGGUCUGCUGGUUUUAGAGCAUUUGCUCUCCUGGGUGCUGGUGUUACAGGGUUGUUGAGUUUCUCUACAGUAGCAUCCGCUGAUGAAGCUGAACACGGCUUGGAGUCUCCACACUACCCUUGGCCUCAUGAUGGCAUUCUCAGCUCAUACGACCAUGCUUCGAUCCGUCGUGGUCACCAAGUUUACCAGCAAGUCUGUGCAUCUUGCCACUCGAUGUCUCUGAUCUCAUACCGAGACUUGGUGGGUGUUGCCUACACAGAGGAAGAGGCGAAGGCAAUGGCAGCUGAAAUCGAGGUUGUUGAUGGACCAAACGAUGAGGGUGAGAUGUUCACUCGACCCGGUAAGCUCAGUGACCGGCUUCCUGAACCAUACUCGAAUGAGUCAGCUGCAAGGUUCGCCAAUGGAGGAGCGUAUCCACCUGAUCUAAGUCUUAUUACUAAGGUCUU